ACAGAACCUCCUCAUUCUUAAAUUUCACUAUCAGCUUUUCAACUACAGCAUUUCAUCUGAUAUGUUUUCAGUCCGUUGGAUACCUGUUUUACCUGACAACAUGUCUCAUGUUGUCAGCAGCUUUACUCUUCUGCUGGUUUUGGUUUUUACAACAGAAGGAGCUCUGUACGGUCAUUAUGUGGCUCGCUGCCAGUUUAGUUCCAAUGGUGGUAAUGAUCCUGUGUAUCUGGAGGAGUACGCCUUUAACAAAGUGUUGCUGAUGCAGUACAACAGCACUCUGGGUAUAGUGACUGGGUACACACAGGAGGCAAUAGAAGAAGCAGAUACUCUGAACAAAGAUACAAAAUUUAUGCCUUUUCAGCUAUGGAAAACAUACCUUUGCAGGAGCAAAGCCAUGGAGGUUUAUCACGGUCUUUUCAAUCCAGUUGAGCCCUACAUUAAAGUGAACAAGAGCAGCAAACAUCCAGGCGUUCUCAUUUGCAGCGUGUACAACUUUUAUCCCAAGCAAAUCAACGUAACAUGGUUGAGUGAUGGAAAGGAGAUAACAUCUGGUGUGACCUCUACUGAUGAGAAGUCCAAUGGGAAUUGGCUUUACCAGAUUCACUCACAUCUGGAGUAUAAACCCAGAGAUGGAGAGAAGAUCACCUGCAUGGUGGAGCACGCCAGCUUCAAGCAGCCCAAGCUUGUUGACUGGGAUCCUAUACCGGACCCAUGGACGUACGAGAAUACAUGUAUGCUCGCUGUUGGGAUAACAGGGUUCCUGCUGGGUGCGCUGCUUUCAGUUGCCGGGAUAAUUUACUAUCAAUAUAAACAAUCAAGAGUUCAUUCUCAGUCCCGUGAUGGUUCCAGACCUGCUCCUUCAGACAGACCAGACGACCCAGUAGUCCAAAAGUCUUCAAUGCUUCUCUCAGUACCAGAAGCAUCCUGAUCCACACUAAGGUUCAACAGAAAGUCAAACAUUGGUUAUGAAACAAAAACAUUUUUAUAUGAUUUCCCCUUUAUCCUACAUUUCCAAAGUGGAAUCAUUGUUAUACAAUGAAGACUUACUUGCACAAACAUUUUACAGUUCAUUUCACUUAAUUUCAUGUCUCCUGUUCUGACUGAUGCACCUAUAUUUUUAGCUCCUCUUUGUCCUUUGCUCUCCUCUUCCUCCAACCUGUUGGGCUGAAAUGCAGUUGACGUAACCUACUGUAAAUACAGUCACAUCAGAAACCAUUCAGAUCCUUUUGCACACCACUCUAAUUAUAAUGUUCGGUUAUAAUGAUUUAUUUUAUUACUUGUAAGUAAGCUGGUUAAACUAAAUUGUUGUCAAGCUAAUUAUUGGGAUUUUUCUUUUGAAACAGUAUAAAUAUGAGGCAUAUAAUAAUGUGAGGUUUUCUGACCAUGCAUUUACAGUAAAUCCUUUUUUGCACACAAACAAUAUGCAUUUAUUGGAGCCUCUGGUUUAAAUAUUGAGAAACAUUUCAAACUACAGUAUGAAGAAGGUAGCAACAACAAUUAUGGUCUGAUGCUUCCUCCAGCUCCCAUAUGAUAAAAGCCUUUAUAUGAUAAAAGCCCAAAUGAUAAAAGCCCUGAGGCUUGUGAGCCUCAGGGCUCACAAGCUCAAAAACUAACUAGAAGAGAAGUGAACCUGGCAAAGAACAGUAUGGACAGGACCCAAUGAAGCGCUGACGACAGCCUGGCGACAUUGUCAUAUAGCAGCAAACAAGUGGAUGAGGUAUAUGGGGUUUUCUCACAUUUAGUUAAAUGUGCAAAAGUCUUCUCGAUUUAGUUAAAUAUUCAAAAGUCUAAAUAUAAAUGUUAAAUGUAAAUGUAAAUGUAAAUGUUAAAUGUUAAAUAUUAAAUGUAAAUGUAAAUGUAAAUGUAAAUGUAAAUGUUAAAUGUAAAUGUAAAUGUAAAUGUAAAUGUUAAAUGUUAAAUGUUAAAUAUUAAAUGUAAAUGUAAAUGUAAAUGUAAAUGUUUGCCGAGUGUAAAACUGAAUAUUCAUGAUUGUGCAAGUAAACUCCACCCCUACCCUCAAACAGCUGAUCCCAGAUAAGUGACUCAGACUCAAACAAGUCAAACAGUACACAUAGCUCCGCCCACAUCUGACUCUGGAUCGGUGGAUGAGAAUACUGGAGCGAAGCCUGAAGUCGAUGCCAUCAUGGCCGCCAGCUCCGACUCCCUCCCCGUUGGAGGAGAUUGAACGGGCUGUAACGGCAGGUGUGCGGGCUGAGGCUCCGUUUCAAACUGCUGUUCUGUUGUAAACACCAUUAAUGGGGAGUUAAGUAGGUUUGAAUAGAAUAUUUCUGUGGCGCCGUGGAGAAUUAGUUAGCUAACUUUACUAGCUAGUCGAAGUUGCUUCCAUGCUAUAAACGGUUUCCAGGUCAGAUGUGGGCAGGGUUUGCUUGCACUGUUUGAGGUAUUUGAGUUUGCGUCACUGAUCUGAGACCAGCAUUACAAGCGCUAUUUGAGUGUAGGGGUUGCACAUUCAUGAAUAUUCAGUCUUACACUCUGAGCAUUAAACAUUUACAUUUAACAUUUACAUUUAGACUUCUGCACAUUUAACUAAAUGUGGAUAAACUAGUUAUAGGUGCUCCUUUUACAUGCGUCACCCCAUAGAGGUGGAGUAUUUGAGCAGAGCAGACGGGACAGCACAGGUGAGUGGAAGGAGUCGAACAGUCAAGCAAUGGGAGGAAGAGAGGAAGAUGAGGGAGGAGGUGUGGCCAGAGUGAGGGGCAGGAACAGGGAGUGUGUGUGUGAGGAGGGGGCGUCGUCAGGUGACAGAUCAGCACACAAAUUUACCUUCAGUUACAGUUCUGUGAAGCACAGAGCAGGUUCAGCAGCUAUUGGAUAUGUUCAUCAUCUGUUCUCAGACUGAGCUUCAUCACAGUAUAAGACCUGCUGUGACACGACUCAAUGCUCAGUGUUGAUUUGAUGACUAACAGCUCAGACAUGACACACACACUCAGACACUCCGCUGUUAUAAUCCUGCUCCUCAACAACUUCUAUUUCUCCGCACAAAUUCCCCAUGAAAUCGAUUAUCUUGUGGGCUGCUUUGUGAAUGGCACAACUGAGGUACACUUUGAAUUUGAUGCUGAGGAGAUGUUAUAUGUAGAUUUCUCUACAAAUGAAUUGAUAUACACUAUCCCAACCUUUAUUAAUCC